UUUGUGACGUUUCCUUACGCAGGUGAGAAGAAACUCGGUACGGUCAUCACUCCCGAUACGUGGAAAGAUGGUGCAAGAAACACAACAGAAAGUGGUGGCCGUAAGUUAAAUGAAAACAAGGUGUUGACCUCAAAGAAGGCAAGGUUUGAUCCUUAUGGAAAGAACAAAUUUGCAAUAUGUCGGAUUUGUAAGAGUUCUGUCCAUCAGCCAGGGUCUCACUAUUGUCAAGGAUGUGCCUAUAAAAAAGGCAUCUGCUCAAUGUGUGGCAAGAAGGUCUUGGAUACGAAGAACUACAAGCAAACUUCUGUCUAA